AAAAAUGAAAGAGUAGAAAUCCCUAUUUCUCCCGAUUACAGAAACCUAAUUCUCAACACGCAGGGAAAUUCAUGGCGGCAAAAGUGUUUACUGGCGCGAAUGUGUGCCUGUCGCCGAGUCUGGUUCCACCUGAGGUCUUCGACGCGCUGCACGACGUGUUGAACUUCAACGGCGCCCAGGUUUUCCUCAGCUGCGAUCCCUCCCGCAAUGGACCCAACGACUAUCACGUCAUCGCCUCGCCCGACCAUGAGAAAUUUGAGUAUCUUCGAUCCAAGGACUGUAAUUUGCUCGGUCCUCAGUGUGUGUUGUUCUGUGCGAAAGAGCACCGGAAGCUACCUAGUCAGGGGUACACUUGCUGCAUUGCAUUUGAUGGUGUAAAUAUAGUUACAUCUGGUUUUGACAAGGAUGUAAAGGACGCCAUUCGAAAGAAGGUCAAUGCUAUGGGAGGACAGGUGACGGAAAAAACAUCGUCAGAUGUCAGUUUCAUAAUUGUGAAGGAUGUCCUAGUCCAAAAAUACAAGUGGGCUCUAACCCAAGCGAGAAAACCAAUAGUCACAACCGAAUGGUUGGAGCAAUGUUGGAAAGAACACCGUGUCGUUCCUCACGAACCUUACAGAGUUCCUCCUUUUUCUGGAUUGACGAUAUGUGUCAGUGGAAUUCCCAUAGAUGAAUGUAAGGAAAUCGAGAAGCUUGUUGUGCAAAAUGGCGGGAUAUAUUCUUCUGAGCUGACAAAAAGAUGCUCUCAUUUGAUAUGCAAUAUAUCCUAUCAACUUACCCACUUGUUUGGUGUUUGCUACUUCACUCCUGAAGGUGACAAGUAUAUGGUUGCAAAAAGAUGGCGUAUCAUAUACAUAGUUAACAGGAAAUGGUUUCAUCAGUCUAUUGCCAGAAGAGCAUGUCUUAUGGAAGACUCCUUCCCAGUUCAACAAUCAUCUUCCGGUAGUACUGUAAAGACAUUGGAGCAUCACAGUCAAGGCAAAGGCACCAGAAAUUCGCAGCCUAUCUCAUCAUCUAACCCCUCUGUCUCAGAAUCAGACACCAAUCUUUCUGCUCAGGAUAUGGAACCUGAUGUGGAGAAUCUCCUGACAAACAUCCUAUGCACAUCUUCUGAGGUUCCCCACAUAUCUAAAAGGGGAAAUGAUGUACCUACUGAAAAACAGAAAAAUGUUCCUGAUUUUACUCGAUGUGUUGCUGAUGAUUCUGAAAGUGAGGAUGGUGAUCUAUACUUGUCUGAGUGCAGAAUUUUACUUUUAGGCUUCGAGGCUUCUGAAUUGCGGAAGCUAGUCAGUAUGGUUCGGCAGGGCGGGGGCUCUCGUUAUAUGUCCGUCAGGGAGAAUUUGACUCACGUGGUAGUUGGAAAUCCAUCAGAAAAAGAGAUGAAGGAAAUAAGGAGCCUUUCAGCUUUUGGAGUUGUUAGUAUUGUCAAAGCAUCAUGGCUUGAAGAAUGCUCAUCAAGAAAGAAAGAGGUCCCUGUCUCUCAGGGUCACAUUGCUUAUGAUUUACUUGUUCCAAAAGAUUUUGUAGUUUUUAAUGGGACAACUGCAGCUAACACCACAAGUUUGAAACUGAGGAAUCCCUCUGCUCGUUGA